AUGUUCCCUUAUGGGGGCAUACUGAUAUCUCCGAGUUCUAUUAGUACGCACGCUGUUCCAGGUUUCCUCCUUGCGAGGGCUGCCGAUUCAUCGGAGAAAACUGAAGACAGUGGAGGAAAUGGAGAAUGGCUGGGUGGAUUCGGAAACAAAAACGAGCUUUUCCUUCCUGGGGAAAGGGCGGUUCAGUCAAAUAAGCCCAAGGGGAUGGCCAAGCAGAAGAGGCAAGUGGGACAGAGCAACGCUCUAUCCGAGAAACCUGUUGAUGAGACUCCCCCUAUAUGGAAGGCGUUUUUCAAAGCUACAAAAGAGAAGCUGUUUACUGGAACGUUGAAGAAUAUUUCUGUGUGGACGGGGCUCGCUAUUAUCGUUUCUGUUAUUGCCACUUAUGCUGCAUAUCGGUCAUUGAAUCAGUUCAGGGACACCAGCUUCAGACAAAUGGAAGAACAGCUCAAUGCCACCAGGGCACGGCAUGAUGAACUCGCUCAGCAGAAUCCGCAGGAGAGAUUGAUUGAGGCGACAGAAAACGCAAAGCAGCAAACCAUAACCCUCCAACGCAUCCGAGCAUCACAGCAGCAGGGGGUCUCUGACCUGUUGGCCGAAGGAAUCGCGCGUGACAGCAAUACCGCUUUGGCUAACUUGGUAGGCACACUGAGCACAAUCUUGUCUGUAAAACCCGCCUAA